UUUUAUAUUAAUAUUUUAAGGCAUUAUAUGUUUAACAGUGUCACUUUGUCUGUUCUGCUUUUAUUUUGAAAAAGCGCUGUUUUCUUCUUCGGAUGGUUUUUUUUGUGACGCUAAACUUCCGCUAUUCUCUCGUCACAAUGUGGUGUUCGCAUAUCGUCGGAAGAACGAGCUCCGAACUGUGAGGGUGUGUCAAGCUAGAGCACAUGGUAGCUGAUGGCAGAAACUCUUUGAUUAGCGCCCUUGGAAAAGCGGAAUGAGUUUUCACGGUGUCCAGGUGCAUGGUGCUCCUUGAGAGGAAGAAAUAAAUUGACACCCGUUUGAAACUCUCUGCGUCUUGAUCAAUGUAUAUCCGAGGGGCCGCUACAGUGAAAACUCAUCGCUGCACCAGCCCUGCCAUCUUUGGUGAGAAGUUGACGCCAUCACAUCUGAGGUCCAAACACCAACCUAAUACCAGCCAGUUUACUUCGCUUGCAUCCAACUCCUUCACACAGGCAAGACUUAAAAUGGACAGCAUACUUAAGGUACAGCUAGAGCUGCAAAAAGAGACACUGGAUGCCAAGGAGCAAGAAAGCUGAAAAGGGACAAUUUCUACACACAUGCUUGCAGCAUAACUGAAUGACUUAAUAAUAAUACGCUAUUAUAAGGUCAAAAUAUCUUGCAAACUAAUUCUCCGUUCUUAAAGCUUCUAAAACUGGUGAAAGAAACUAGCCCAUGCUCUUCGGUCAUAUCUGUUUAUGAAAAGGUUAAAAGGAGUGUUUUGUUGUUACUGUUUUAAGCUAAAAAUCCUUUUAGAUGUCCAUUAUUUGUUAAUGCGUAGCAUAAACAUUACUCUGUAGUAAAGGAUAACUACAGCUUACAAGUGUAAAUUCAGGUGGACAAUCAAAGGCUACACUCGACUUAAAGCAGCAGCACAAACAAACAAGAUGUCACUUAAAGAUACACCUUGCAGGUCCAGCUCACGAGAAAGAAAGCUAACAGAGAAAGGCCAAGAGAUGCAUGAACAAGACACCAGAAAACGUGAGAAAGCAUUUAACAAGUCCUAUGACACUUGGAAGCUGGUAGCUAGGGAGACUAGGACAAAAUUAAAAACCCUCUGUUCAUCAGAAGACCUUAUUAAAUUACAGCAAGACAUUCAAGCAAAGCAUGAUGGUGUAGCCCAGCAGUAUGAACCUAUACUUCGUAACAGUAACACCACACCAGAGAUUGUAAAGAAGAUGGAUGCCUGUGUUACGCUAACAAAAGACAUUCUUGACCUUAUUAGUAACCGUCUAGAGACUGUUAAUCAAGAAUAUAAUGAUCAACUUGAGAAGGAAAGGGUAAGAGAAAUCUUAAACAAAGAUGAAUAUGGGUCUGUCUUUGGCCACACUAAAACUGAAACGGUAAGUUCAGCAAAGUCACCGGAGAGAUUGAGCAACCACUCCAGCUCAGCCAGUACUCACAGCAGUAGAGUAGAUGCACAAGCAGAGUUUGCGGCUAAGCUGGAACAAUCAAAAGCCAUAAAAGAAAUCCAAGCUCAGCAAGCACAUCUUCACAAGUUAGAAGGUGAAUGGAAACUUAGAGAAGCAAAAAUGUUAGUAGAAAUGAAGCAAAAAGAGUGGGAAAUGCAACAACAGUUGGAACAAGAGAGAUCCAAAUUGCAGCAGUUACAAGCAGCAAAAGACGUUGCCAUAGCAGCAGCUCGUGUGAGAGCAUAUGACAAUUUUGAAGGGUUUGAGAACCAUGAUGAGGAGAUUAAUGACCAAACUAACUCUGCUUGCUACAGAAAUCAAAAUGAACCUCGAUUAAAUCCUGAUGCUGCAUCAUUCCAACCUCACCAAACUGCUCCUGAGGUGACAGUGACCCAGGAGUCUGUCAGUCUAGCCCAGGCAAUCGCCAGCUCAUUAAGCAUGAACCGCUUGCCGGUCCCUGAACCAACCACAUUCCGUGGUGACCCUCUACAGUUUACAGAUUGGAAGAUGUCAUUCAUAGCUCUUAUUGACAGGAAACCCCUCCCACCAAGUGAGAAGAUGUUUUAUCUAAAAAAUUAUCUUGCUGGAGAGGCGCGUAAAGCAGUAGAAGGUUUCUUUUAUCGAGAUUCAGAAAGUGCAUACAAUGGAGCAUGGAAAGUCUUACAAGACAGAUAUGGGAACCCGUUCAUCAUACAAAAAGCUUUCCGAGAUAAGCUCAUGAGAUGGCCAAAGAUCAACACAAAUGAUCCACUAGCGCUACAAGAGUUUGCUGACUUCCUCCAAGGCUGCACUGAGGCAAUGCCUCACGUCAAAGGACUAGCUAUCCUUAACGAUUGUGAGGAAAACCACAAGUUGCUCAGAAAACUACCAGAAUGGAUCGUGCGCAAGUGGAGUCGAGUUGUUGUGGAGGAACUUGACACAUCCGGAAGCUAUCCAGAUCUUGCAUGCUUCACAAAUUUCCUGAGCAAAGAGGCACGGAUAGCCUGCAACCCUAUUGCUUCUCCAUUGUUGAUGAACUUCAGGGCCACAAAUGAAAGAUCACCAAAGAGAGCCAAAGCUCUCAACACAAAUACACAAACAAAGAGUUUCGCUCAGGAGAAACAAGAAACAAAUGGCAGUAAACCAAAAUCACCUUGCUUCAUGUGUAAAAGUGAAGAUCAUAACAUCACCAAGUGUCCCACCUUCGCAGCAAAGAGUAUUGAAGAUAAAAAGGCAUUCAUCUGUGAAAAUCGGCUCUGCUUUGGGUGCUUGAGGAAGGGUCACAUGACAAAAGAUUGUAAGAGACGACACACAUGCAACAUAUGCAACCGUCGUCACCCAUCCUGCUUGCACGAUGACAGGAAACAAAGACCUGUGGAAGCAACAGCGAAUAGUUCCACUUCCACAGAAAACCAUGCAAGCUUGGAAACUCACAAUGUCGUAUCCCAUGCAUCAACGCAACGUUCUUCAGCUACCUCAAGUAUCGUCCCAGUCCUUGUGUCUUCAAUACAAGAGCCACACAGAGAAGUACUUACGUACGCAAUACUGGACACACAGAGUGACUCAACGUUUGUCUUAGAAGAUGUACUUGACAAACUGAAUGUUGAUGCCCAACCAGUAAAAUUAAAAUUGAGUACUAUGACGGCUAUUGACACAAUCAUAUCUAGCAAGAACGUCCGUGGUCUACAAGUUCGAGGACUGCACUCUAAGGACCACAUUCAAUUACAGCAGGCCUACAGCCGUGAUUUUAUACCAGUGGACAAGUCUUACGUUCCAACAAAUGAAACAGCCUUACUCUGGCCUCAUCUCAGACAUUUGGCAGAUAAGCUACCACCCCUUCUAGACUGUGAUGUAGGGCUCCUGAUAGGAUAUGACUGUCCAGCAGCAUUAACUCCUCUUGAGGUUAUCAUUGGAGACAAAGAUCAACCGUUUGCACAGAGAUCAAUACUAGGAUGGAGUAUCAUAGGCUCAUCAAAUCCUCACCUAGACAGACAAGGAAGUCAGAGCUUUGUGCAUCGGCUCACGGUAAAAGAACUGCCAAUUCCAUCGACAACAGAUGUUCUAAAAGCCCUAGAAUCAGACUUCACCGAGAGAACAUAUGAAGAUAAAUAUGUGUCCCAGAACGAUGUUCAUUUCAUACAGUUCCUCAGUGACAACAUCACGCAGAAGAAAGAUGGACACUAUGAGAUGCCCCUCCCUUUCAAGGGCAACAGUCCACCCAACCUACCAAACAACAAGAGGCUAGCCACAGUUCGCCUACAGUGUCUUAAGAAGAAGUUAAAGACCAAUAAAAAAUAUUAUGAUCAAUACAAAACAUUCAUGGAAGAAACAAUUAGCAAGGGUGAUGCAGAGCCUGCCCCUACAACAUUUGCAGGAGAGACUGAGUGGUACCUUCCGCAUCAUGGCAUUUAUCACCCCAGAAAACCAGACAAGCUGAGAGUUGUAUUCGACUGUUCAGCCAAAUUCCAUGGUGUUUCUCUAAAUGACACUUUACUGACUGGGCCUGAUCUUAUCAAUCCUCUGGUAGGAGUUCUCUGCCGCUUCAGGAAGGAGGCUGUAGCGAUCAUCUGUGAUAUCGAAAGAAUGUUUUAUCAGUUCUCUGUCACUCCUGAAUCCCGGAAUUAUCUGAAAUUCCUCUGGUGGGGAGGUGGAGAUUUGGAGAAGGAACCACAGGAAUACAGGAUGGCAGUUCAUCUCUUUGGAGCUGCCUCGUCUCCAGGAUGUGCCAACUUUGGCUUGAAACAUCUGGCACGCCAACACAAAGCUACCUAUCCACUAGCAUCAACAUUCAUAGAGAAAAACUUUUAUGUUGAUGACGGGCUAGUCAGUGUUCCAUCGGUCGAGGAAGCCAAGAAACUGAUCACUGAGUCACAGGAGUUGUGCAAAAGAGGAGGCCUACGCCUUCAUAAAUUCAACUCUAAUGAGGAAGCAGCCCUCGCCUGCUUAGAUCCUUCAGAAAGAGCAGCAACCAUUGAACCUCUAGGACUGGAUCCAACUCCAUCAGAGCGUGCACUCGGCAUUCAAUGGUCGAUUAAAACUGACACUUUUAGUUUUAACAGCAGCUUGAAAGAUCAGCCUUCCACCCGGCGUGGUUGCCUUUCUGUCAUUGCCUCUCUUUAUGAUCCACUUGGAUUCAUUGCUCCAUUCAGCCUAACUGGAAAGCGUAUACUUCAAGAGCUGUGUCACAGAGGCAUCGGAUGGGAUGAUCCACUACCAGAAGAUAUGAGACCACGGUGGGAGGAGUGGAUAAAUGGGCUUCAGAGGUUGAAAGAGGUUUCAAUUCCGAGAUGUUACCACCCAUAUGACUUCCAUAACAUUGUCAGAGUAGAGUUGCACCAUUUUUCGGAUGCCAGCUGCGUGGGAUAUGGUGCAUGUUCUUACCUCAGGUUCAAAAAUGACAAGGAUAAAGUCCAUUGCAGUCUCGUGCUGGCGAAAGCAAGGGUUGCACCCUCAAAGGUCACAAGUAUCCCGAGACUAGAACUUGCAGCAGCUGUGGUUUCUACGAAAGUCAGUGUCAUGUUAAAAGGUGAACUUGACAUAAAGAUUGAUGAAGAGGUUUUCUGGACCGAUUCAAAGGUGGUGCUUGGGUAUAUUAACAAUGAUGCCCGUAGGUUCCACAUAUUUGUUGCGAACCGUGUUCAGAUGAUAAGGGAUAACAGUGAUCCCAGUCAGUGGCACUAUGUGGACACUGCAGAAAACCCGGCAGAUCAUGCUUCCCGAGGUCUUAGUGCUUCAGACCUUCAUUCAACAAACUGGCUUCGAGGACCGAAGUUUCUCUGGGAGAGUAAUUUACUUCUAUCACCCAGCGCUCCAUCAGAAUUACUUGUUGGUGAUCCUGAAGUCAAGACAAUUCAGGUGUUUGCAACAGAAGUCAAAAACUACAAUGACAUCCUCAGCCGUCUGUGUCAGUUUUCCUCCUGGACAAAAAUUCUUAAGGUGGUGGCAAGAAUCAAGAGGCUGGGGUCUAAACAGAGACAACACAGUGAGUAUGUGACUGUUAAGGAGAUUGAGAAGGCUGCAGAUGAAGUGAUUAAGAUCGUACAGCAGCAAGCUUUCCCCCAAGAGAUAAAGAUGCUUCAGGGUAAAAAGGACCUUCCAAACUCAAGCUCUCUUUUCCGUCUCGACCCUAUCUGGUCUGAAGGACUCCUCUGUGUUGGUGGCAGAUUGAACCAGUCAUCGCUCUGUCAUAAAGUCAAGCACCCAGUCAUCCUACCGAAUAGCAGCCACAUUUCUAAGCUUAUUGUGUCUCAUUUUCACGCUAAGACAUGCCAUCAGGGUCGAGCCCAGACUCUAAUGGAGCUUCGGGCCAAUGGAUUCUGGGUAAUUGGUGGGAGCAAGUUGGUUGCUAAGGUGAUACUUGUGUGUUUUGCAGGAAACUGCGAAGGCCAACAGAAAGACAACGAAUGGCUGAACUUCCCACAGAACGCGUUGAAGCCUCAGCACCUUUCACAUACUGCGGCAUGGACUGUUUCGGUCCUUUCAUUGUAAAGAAAGCCCGCAAAGAAUACAAAAGAUACGGCGUGAU